AUGCUUUUCAAUCCAUUUAGCAGCAAUUCUCCCCAAACUCAAUCUUCUCCCACCCUCACCGCUCCAUCAACAACCGAUGUUCAACUCUCGAACUUCGGUUUUCCCAAGCUGAAUUUUGAUCAAAAUUUGUUGAAAUGGAACCUCGGAUUGCCACAAAUACCACAGAAAACAAUGGAGAUUGAGAAUCAAAGUGGUUUAAUAGCUGAGCCGACACCACAAGAUGCCAUUUGGACAGAUUUAGAAGGGAAUUUAAGAAGAGAAGGCCAAAUAUUGACACCAUUCAAUGCACAAAUACAAACUCUCCAACCAGUGAUCGAGACAACUUCGGUCGGCCCAUUUCUCCCAAUUGCCACCACUCAAUUCUCUCUUCAGAAAUAUCUCGAAUCGAUGAAAACUCAGCCAGUUAUGGCACCAACUGUUGACUUUAUGGAGGAUCAAAGAAGAAAA